AGAGGAAAAGAAAGUACGUCGAGCGGACGGCAAUGUCAUGUUACUAAAGAUGGAAAUUCUAGAAGAGCCAAAUAUAGUAACAGGGGAUCCUACACAUUGUCAACAGUGCGAUGCCAUUUUGUCUUCUACAUCGGUCCUAGAGAAAGAAGAGGAAGGUGAUAAAUAUACAUGGCCUUGUGAGUUUUGUGAGUGCAAGAAUACAGGAUUAGACAUUACACCAGAGGAGGUUCCUAAAGGGGACAGUUUUGACUUUGUGUUGACCCCGGCUAGACAAGAGAGUGAGGAGGCUGAGGCAGAAGGGGCUAUGGAAGGGGAGACAACUCCUGAGAAGAAAGAGGAGAGUAAAGGAAUGGUUGUUUAUUGUAUGGACAUAAGUGGGUCCAUGGCUAGUAGUGUGAGACUCUCGGAAUUACAAGCACAAUGGAGGAAUGCCAGAGACAGAACAUCCCAUCCUGAUAACUCAAUAUCUAGACUUAAGGCUAUCAAAGAUGCUGCUAGAAGACAAUUAGAAAGAAUGAAGAUUGAGUAUCAAAACAAACAAGUGGCUUUGGUUACUUUUGGUUCGACUAUUUACCUUUGGGGUGAUUUUCACACAUAUAAUGCUAAAUCAUUUACUGGAAAUAUCAUCAAUGACUAUGACGGCCUAAUAGCUGCUGGAAGAGAGUAUGCAACAACCAUGGAACUUGGAGGACUUGAAAAUACCUUUGAACAUUUAGACAGGAAAAUUGGUAACCUGAGAACAGAAGGUUGCACUGCACUUGGACCAGCAUUAGCUAUAAGUGCAGGAAUUGUUGCUGGUUCCCCUAUAUCUGAGGUAGUGCUGUGCACAGAUGGGGAACCAAACACCGGAGUUGGUAACCUCGACACACCAGCUGGAGAGCUUUUCUAUUAGAAGAUUGGAGAGUUUGCUAAAGAAAAUAACACAAGGUUGUCUGUUCUGGCUGUGGAAGGACAGGAGACUGGACUUCGACAUGUACAAGAAUGUGCUGUGGUAUCAGGGGGGACAAUCAAUGUUCUGAACCCCCUAGAAAUGAUGAGACAACUCCGUCUUAUAGCUCAGAACUAUACAAUAGCUACAGCUGUAGAUGUUACUGUGAUACUACAUCCAGAUCUUGUCUUUGAUGAAGCUGGGUACCAGGCAACUAACAGACUGCUGAAAGAAGAAGGCAAUGCUGCCAAGGAAACUGAUUUGAUCUUCAGAUACAAGGCCAAGGAUGUUAAGAAAAAAUAUCUAAACAGUCUAUACCAUUCCAGGUAAAUACUUUAAUGUAAUAU